AGGAUCAGCAGAGCUUCAGCCAGAAAGAUUGGACCAGUGAUCCUAAUCAGCACAGCUCUUCCUGUCCAACAUCAGGGUCGGGGUCAGGGUCUUCACAGUAUGUGCCAUGUGUGUGUGUGGACUUCUGGGAGAAAAACAGAGCGAUAUGGGGGCAGAAGUGAAUGCAUUUCAUGCAUGAAUGUGGAAGACAAGAUUGCAAUAGAAAGAAUGUGGUGAAUUGAAUGUGUGUCUAGCUAGAAGUGAGAUGUCGGUUUUGUGUGCGUGUCUUUGUCAGGGAGAAAGAACUGGGUCAAGGUUUUGACAAGUUCUCUUGGCUGCCUCCUUCCCCACCCUACCUCCUACAUGAAGAAAUUCUGCUGCUGUCAACAAUUUCACACUGCCUUUGCAAACACUCUUCUUCCUCUAAACAAUGAAGACUGACAGCAACUGAAGAGAAAUGCUGCUACAAAUCUGGAACUGAAGCAAAACAAAAACUCAAGCUCUUUAUGAUCUACAGUACAACAUUACAUACUGGUCAUUAAUGAUUUUUUAUAGAAUAAAUGCAUAUCAUUUUUUUUACUAGGGAUGUGAAAUGAUGUAACAACUUGAGAACUAGAGACACGAAGUCAGGUGAAACAACUCUUGUUAAGUUCAGAUCAAUAGGAUACUACAUGGCACAACCAGUGUUGGGAAGUUUGGGGAGCGCCCUCAACCACAGCGCCUGACAAGGAUCCCUCCUAAUCCUGGAGGCAACCAACAAACUCCCUUCUGAGAUGCUUCAUAAACACUGCUGGUGUGUUUGUGGAUUGUUGGGUUGCUGGAUAUCAAAGCUGAACCCUGUUGACGCGAAAACAUUUGUAUAUGCAAGGAAAAUGUCGAAAGCCUCGACUGUUCUUGCUGUGGUGCCAGUAAUCAAGAAUCAAUGUGUGCAGCUGAUUUCAUGUGCUUUGCACAUGCUCUUCUCCGUGCUUCUGUGUAGCUGAGGGAGUUCUAUGGUAUUUUGUGAAAUUACUUGAUUUUAAACCAGGGUAGUGGAGGUCUCUGCUCAGCAUAAGCCUUCCAUCGGUCUUUUGUGAGGUCCACAGUCCAAAUCAUUGUAGGCUAUAUAGAAAUCUGAUAUAUAUCUGGAAAUAUAUGUAAAACAAAUAUGCAAGUAUAUAUGCUCAGUUCAAAAUACUACAAAAAUGGCUGGUUUCAUUCAUGUAACAUAUAUUUUCUCAAACAAUUGUGGAAUUUGAAUAUGUACAUAUACAGUAUGCCCAAAUGUAUGAACUAUAAUUUUUUAUAUCUGUUCACAUAUGGCCAUCUAUCAGAUUUCUGUAUACAUUUUUUUCUGAAAAUAUACUGUACACUUCAGGUUAUUAGAAGUAUCAAAGCUAUUGGAUGACAUGGGCCUGAGGAAGAUGACCUCAUCAGAUCCGCAGGAAUCCAGUGAGGCCAGGAGGUGUUCAACACUUGGCAGUUCAAUAUUCAGUUCAACAUGGUUCAAAACUCAUUCUGUUUGAGAAAGAAGCUGUUGACAAUAAAACCAUUUGACUCCAUAAAUGAACCUCAAAGAAAUUAUAUUUUUUUCUUUUAAGCAUUAUUUUGUCAAUUGAAAUUUGUUUAGCGUGAAGAAAAACAGAUUAGGCAGUUUUUAGACCUAAGACUCCUCUAGUUUAGAUUAACACAGCAUCUUAACCAGGCUUGAUGUGAUAAAGCAACAAAAGCUAUCUUCCAUGACAAGGGGCGCUCACACUGACAGCGAUUUGUAGCGACAGAGCCGAUGGAAGUCAAUAAUUUUAGUGAUUUAGUUUAAACGAUGCAUCAACAGUUCAGCAGAGUUCUUUAGCAGAGUGCUGCAACUACACUAUAUGGCCAAAAAUAUGUGGACACCUGAACACCACACCCAUGGGUCUGUUCCAAAACCUAGUGAGCUGCCUCCGGAGGUAGCACUUCAAGACAUUAUAGGCGCGCUGCCAAUGCGAAGGCUAUUCCAUAAGAGAAGCCAUGCGGAAUUACCUGAAGGAACGAGGAGACCAAACUGUGCUUAUCUUACAUGCUAAAGUUGCACAGAAAUCAUACGGCAAUGAAAAAAGGUUUUUCUGUCCUCCUCCAUGUGUUUAUCUGAUGGGUUGUGGAUGGAAGAAGAAGAGAGAGCAGAUGGAGAGGGACGGCUGCUCGGAGCAGGAGUCCCAGCCCUGUGCCUUCAUCGGCAUCGGCAACAGUGACCAGGAGAUGCAGCAGCUGAACUUGGAGGGGAAGAACUAUUGCACAGCCAAAACAUUGUACAUCUCAGACUCAGACAAACGCAAGCACUUCAUGCUGUCGGUGAAUAUGUUCUACGGGAACAACGCAGAUAUCGGAGUCUUCCUCAGCAAGAGGAUCAAGGUCAUCUCCAAACCCUCCAAAAAAAAACAGUCCCUCAAGAACGCCGACCUUUGUAUAGCGUCAGGAACAAAAGUGGCAUUAUUUAACCGGCUUCGCUCUCAGACAGUCAGUACACGUUACCUGCACGUAGAGGGAGGAAAUUUUCACGCGAGUUCACAGCAGUGGGGAGCCUUCUACAUCCAUCUCUUGGAUGAUGAGGAGUCGGAGGGGGAGGAGUUUACUGUGCGAGACGGCUACAUUCACUAUGGCCAAACUGUCAAACUUGUGUGCUCUGUGACAGGGAUGGCUUUGCCUAGACUGAUCAUCCGUAAGGUGGAUAAGCAGACUGCCUUGCUGGAUGCAGAUGACCCAGUCUCUCAGCUGCAUAAGUGUGCCUUUUUCCUGAAGGAUACGGAGAGGAUGUACCUGUGCCUUUCUCAAGAGAGGAUCAUCCAAUUUCAAGCCACUCCAUGCCCAAAGGAACCAAAUAAAGAGAUGAUUAAUGACGGUGCCUCCUGGACAAUCAUCAGCACUGAUAAAGCAGAAUACACCUUCUAUGAGGGCAUGGGCCCUGUACACACACCCGUAACACCUGUGCCUGUUGUCGAAAGCUUACAGUUAAAUGGUGGAGGAGAUGUAGCAAUGCUGGAGCUAACAGGACAGAACUUUACUCCAAAUCUGCGGGUGUGGUUCGGCGAUGUCGAGGCUGAGACCAUGUACAGGUGCGGAGAAAGCAUGCUCUGUGUAGUUCCUGACAUCUCGGCGUUCCGUGAGGGCUGGCGAUGGGUGCGGCAGCCAGUGCAGGUCCCGGUAACGCUGGUCAGAAAUGACGGUAUCAUCUACUCCACAACGCUUACGUUCACGUACACGCCCGAACCCGGUCCACGUCCACACUGUAGCGCGGCUGGAGCUAUCCUACGAUCGGGCAAUGCCGGUUUGCUUUCAACGACCGGUAACAGCAUGGGAGGUAACGGAGAAACAGCACCUUACGGCACCAACAGCACGUCCAACGCCGUUCCAGCAGCAUCGUCUAAUGCAGCUGCAGCUAUGGUUUUAUAACAAAUGCAGCAGUGCUCACAAACUCACAACAUGCUAUGCGUGAAAAUAAAUAAAAAAAGACUACAUUACAAACUUUGUUUGUAAAAGUGCUGCGUAGUGAUUUCAAGAAUAAAAUCCUUUGACAGAGGAGACAGUAAUCAAGGAUUUCGCAAAUUUACAGGGGAAAACCUGUGGCGAGGACAAAAUAUUUGGUAGAUGGUUCUCCUGUUUCCUCUAGUGGAUUUCUCUAAGGAGGCGGUCUAGUGCUAUCAAUUCAGUUGACAAUGCCUGACAGCAAACUCCAUAUUGGCAGAACACCAGAGAAGAGACCACAGCGAUGAUGCAUCAGCAAUGUAAAAAUGUUCCAUUUAGUCUCAUGUUUCUUCCUUCUGGUCUGUAUGUGUGACUGGGUGAGAUGUAUCAUAGGCCGGGAGGUCUGAACUCUUUGGAAAAGGGUCACAUUUAAAUUGUGAGAAUAACAGUUUUUUUGGACCAAGGAUAUUGUAUAAGCUUUAGUUAAGGUACAUUUUUCUCCAUACCUUUUUUAUAUCAAACAUAUAGUAUGCUGUUGUUACCAAAUAAGUUCUAUUCCUCCUCUGAGCUUUCACCUUUUUGUUCUUUGUCUGUUGGUCUGUUUUCUCGACUUCUGUAUAUAGCUGAUUUCAUAUAGUUUGACAAACAUCAGUUGCUCAGACUCUUUCCAUUUUGUAAUACCAUUUUUUUAUGUGUGUCAGUUUGGUUUAGUUGUUGAAAUUUUGUAUUUGGGAGAAACUCAGAGGGCCUAUUUUUUACCAUUUGUUUUAUGAAGUCUUUAAAAAGAGCUUUAAGCAAUGCCUCUGCCUUCCCUGCAUUACAUUAUGCGCUAUGCUUCCUUUAAGCAUUUCUUCACAUCUAGAUCUCACAAAAGGAACAUGCCAUCUUCCUAUGUCUUAUUUGGGGAUCUAAUACAGAAACCACGAUAUAUACAAUAUAAAGGCCUUUUAUAGGUUUUUCAUGCAAUGUCCGUCAGAACGGUAGCCAUUGUGUAGUACGUCUUGUAUGUUCCUUCUUUUUGAAAACAUUUUUUUGUCUUCCAAACGUCCAUUUGCAUUUUCUAAAACUGUCUCAAAAACGAGUGAUUUGGAGACAUGCUCUACCAUUAGAUGUGGCCUUAGUGUAAAGGUUCCAAGUUCAGUUUACCCCUUAAAAAGGAGGUUUUCGAACAUGACCGGUGGAACCAAGCCUUGCAUUUUGAACAUUUUACAUGUGAUUUUUGAUAUUUAAACGUUGCUCCCUAAAUGGUCAUUCUUUUUUGUUCAGAUUUAAAUGCAUUAUAGAAAUGAACAUACCCAAAGAUAUUAUAUUGCAUUGUGUCUCUUUUUUAAUAUUUGAAGAUUAUGUAGAGAUUUGUGGCCUCUCGCACACCAAACGUAAGAAGCUUUACUCCAUUGGUCAUUGAUUUGUUUAUCGUGGCCUUGGUGUCUCACCAACUUUUAGACUAGUAUUAAUGACAAAAAGAAAACUAGCCACAGUUAACUCAUCAACCAGCACUAAUAGUGUUUUGUGACUUUCUUGUUUUAUGUACAGUAAUUUAACUUUAGAAUUUUAUUCGUCCAUUUGUAAAAAAGAAAAGAAAUCAGAAAAGAAAGAAAAAGAAAAACCACUUUCAGCUAUUUUGUUAUUCUUUUUCGGUGUGUUUGUGUCUAUGGCUCUUAACGCAGUUACAGUAUGUCCUUUCGGGAUACUGUAUCUUCUCGAAACAGUUGGGUGUUUGAUGUCCAAAUUUGUAUUAACUUAUAUGUUACUGUUCUUAUAGUGAACGGACAUCAUGGGACUAACAUGGAAUUUAAAGGGUUAGUUCACUCAAAAAUUCUCUCAUCAUUUACUCACCCUCAUGCCAUUCCAGAAUUGUAUAACUUUCUUUCUUCUGCAGAACACACGAAGAUAUUUAGAAGAACAUCUCAGCUCUGUAUGUGAAGGUCCAAAAGGGACAUAAAGGCAGCAUAAAAGUAAUCCAUAAGAUUCCAGUGAUUAAAUCCAUAUCAAUAUUUAAGUCCUUUUUUACUGUAAAUCUACACUUUCACAUUCAGCCCCCUACUGGUGGGGGCUGGUCAAAAGUGGAGAUUGAUAGUAAAAAAGGACUUAAAUAUUGAUCUGUUUCUCACCCACACCUAUCACAUCGCUUGAGGAGACAUGGGUUAAACCUCUGGAGUCAUAUGGAUUACUUUUAUGCUGCCUUUAUGUCCUUUUCACCAUUCACUUUCAUUGUGAGGACCAACAGAGCUGAGAUAUUCUUCUAAAAAUCUUAAUUUGUGUUCAGUCGUACACAUCUGGGAUGGCAUGAGGGUGAGUAAAUGAUGAGAGAAAUUUAAUUUUUGGGUGAAAUAUCCCUUUAAUGGCCUUUAAAUGUGUGUGUCUCUAAAAGAUGUAAGCAUACAGCAAUACUGUAUAGGUCACUUUGUGUGUCUUGGUGUGUGGAAGUAGCCACUGAUUUUCACCAGCCUGAUCCACAGUGUAUGUGGUCAUGAAGAACAGCUGGCACAACUGGAAUCAUAUUCACUUUCUUUUACACUUGUUCAUACUAAUUUAAUUAGACACCUUAUUGGUAGAUAUUUAGAUCUUAGUCUUCCUUACAUGGAACAUCUGUAGUGUAGUACAUGUAGGUGACCCGUCUAAAAGGCAAUACUCCAGCAUUGUAUAAUGUACAUUUUGGGAAAAAACUGUAACUUGAAUGUUUUUGCAAAAAAAAAAAAAAAAAAAAAGGUUCACUUGUUGCCUCCACUAGAUUUUUAUUUUCAAUGUAAUUUUCUCACUUUUCCUGCUAAAAUGUCUUUAUCCUUGGCGGCCUCUUCGCAAAAUUGUGCAAAAAAGUAGUUUUCACUUCUGAAGUUUUGAAGAUGCCCUAAAACUCUUGCACUCGGUUUGCCAGAAUUAUUUGCAUAACAAACCAUAUUCAACUUUCAUUUUAUCAUAUACUCACAAUUGAGUAAUAGCAAUUGCACACUUCCAUUUUGGGGGAAGAUUGACAUGGAGACUGGGCAAAAGAAUGGACACAUUUUUACCUGUGUUUUCCAGUUAUAGCUCAUUUGUCAGCAGUGUUGAAUUCCCACAAUAAUCAGUCCGUUCUGAUUUUGAAUUGCUUUUUGUGGAGGAUUUUUUUUUAUUAUUUUUUUUAUUAUGAUUCCCUUUGAUUUAUAUGGUGUCCCCACCCCAAAAAUAGAAAGUAAGAAGUGCUUUAAGCCUGUCCGCCUUGAAAUGUGACAGCAUUGUUGAAACAGUUCCUACAUAAACUAAAGAAAGCUAUUAGUCUUUUAAAACCCAUUUAUCCCCUUUGACUUUAUCGUGUGUUUUUGUUUGCAUAGCACAAUAUAUCGUCAUUUCCACAUUUAUAGUGAGAACAUUUCUGAAACUUUUGGUCACUUUGAAUGCUGCCUCUGUUCCACAUUUUGUUUACAUUGUGGAUUUGCUUAGCUCUACUCUUCACUUACUAUAGUGUUAAAGUGGUUAUGUGUGUUUUGUUGCUCUCUGAACAAACCAAUUGACAAUCUUGCUGUUUUUUACUGUUUACAUUUGAUUUUUUUUAAGGUGUUGAGCUUUAGAAUGAAGGAUUUGUUCAAUCCCAUAUCUGAAACUGACAUUGUUGAACUUUGUAUUUAAUUUGAUUGGAUGACACUUUCUAACAAAACACGUGUGUAUAUAUAGGGGUUAUGUACCAAGCCUUAAAAACACAUUGAAUGGCAAGCCUGAGUGAACAAGUAAUCUGUUUUUAUAUUUAAGGGUGUGAUAGAGUCAGCUGGUGUCCUUUCUGUGUUUCUGAUCUUUUAUAUCUCUCGUUUAACUCUGCUCUUCCAAAACAAUUUUUUUUUUUUUUUUCUUGAUGAGCUCUGAUCAAUGUAUAGGUGAUGAUAGGUGUAUGUCUUCUAAUAUGCCAAAUGUCUUAGACUAACAUUCUCAUGCACUGCAUAUCAAAUUUGGCACAAGAGGCAGCUUUUCAAAGAUAUCGCAAUAAUUUUAGAAGAACAGACAAUAUUUCCUCGGUAGGUGCGGAGAAUGCAUGCUCUGUGUAGUUGCUGACCGGGGGUUGGGGGGGGGAUUACUUGGACAAGUAAUCAGUUAAUCAAAGGCUUAAUUAAGUCAUUACAUUUUCCUGUUUGCCAUCAAUAAAGUCUUGUUGCUGUUGUGCAGAGUUACCAUUUCAUUGUAAAGUUAUUAUCCCAGUAGGGCAAUUUUAGUUCAGUAAUUCACCGUCUCUCCACUGGCUUUGCACUUAGAGAAAAACGGAUUUGUCUAGAUUAGUUGCUUAGUGUAAAGUUCACUUUUCAUGUAAAGCAAUCCUGGUGUGCCUAAUUUGAUGCUCGGUGCUAGGCUUUGUGUUUAUCUGUAAGUCAGUCAUUUGUUUGUCUUUCUUUCUCCUUCUCAGUCUGUUGUAGUUAUGUUAUUCAGAGGUGUCUGUAUAGUCAGUCCUUAUGGGCGCUGAUGUUAUGAUCAUGUGCCCUAACGUGAAACAAGGGGGCAGUGUUUUUUUUUUUUCGUUUCAUUUUCUGUUUGAUUGAUUUUGUACAUAUUGCACCUGCUCAGUUCCAUACGUCAUUAAAAAAUAAAAAUGCAAUAUUGGCAUAAACA